GCAGAGGGCGUGCCGGAGGCGUGGCCGCGGCACCGGGCUCCGGGUGGGGCCGAGGCAGUGGGAGUCGCAGUUUUUCGGCGUGCACCUGAGAGUCGACGCCCCGGGUCCUCGAAGCCUCGUCCGCCGCCGUCGCGGUAGCCAUGAACCGCUUCAAGGUGUCCAAGUUCCGGCACACGGAGGCUCGGCUGCCCCGCCGUGAAGCCUGGAUCAACGACAUUCGAGCAGGAACCACCCCUUCAUGCAGGAACCACAUUAAAUCAAGCUGCAGCUUGAUUGCAUUCAACUCCGACUGUCCAGGUGUACUUGGCAUUGUGCCUCUGCAAGGCCAAGGAGAGGACAAGCGAUGCGUGGCCCACCUGGGCUGCCAUUCAGAGCUGGCAGCCCAUGGGGACCUGGUGCAGAGCGCCAUCUGGAGCCGGGACGGAGCCCUCGUGGGCACGGCCUGCAAGGACAAGCAACUGCGGAUCUUUGACCCCAGAGCAAAGCCGCAGGCCUCUCAGAGCACAGAGGCCCACGAGAACGGCAGGGACAGCCGGCUGGCAUGGAUGGGUACCCAGGAGCACCUUGUGUCCACUGGAUUCAACCAGAUGCGUGAGCACGAAGUGAAGCUGUGGGACACGCGGCUCUUCUCCAGCGCCCUGGCUUCCCUCACCUUGGACACCUCGCCCGGGUGUCUCUUGCCCCUGCUGGACCCUGACUCUGGGCUCCUGGUCCUGGCAGGAAAGGGCGAGAGGCAGCUGUACUGUUACGAGGUGGUCCCGCAGCAGCCGGCGCUGAGCCCAGUGACCCAGUGCGUCCUGGAGAGUGUGCUUCGGGGGGCCACCCUUGUGCCCCGGCGGAUGCUGGCCGUCAUGAGCUGCGAGGUACUCCGUGUCUUGCAGCUGAGCGACACAGCCAUCGUGCCCAUCAGCUACCAUGUGCCCCGUAAGGCUGUGGAGUUCCAUGAGGACCUGUUCCCGGACACCGCCAGCUGUGUGCCUGCCUCUGACCCCCACAGCUGGUGGGCUGGGGACAACCAGCAGGUGCAGAAGGUCAGCCUCAACCCUGCCUGCCGGCCCCACCCCAGCUUCACUUCCCGUCUGGUGCCCCCUAUGGAGCCUCUUCCUAACGUAGCCCAGCCUGCAGUGACAAAGACACCUGUGGGCGAUGCAGACCCAAGCGAGGACUUCUCCUCCCCUCCCAGUUCGCUGACCUCGCCCUCCACGCCCUCCAGCCUGGGGCCCUCGCUCUCCAGCACCAGUGGCAUCGGGACCAGCCCCAGUCUGAGGUCGCUGCAGAGCCUGCUGGGCCCCAGUUCCAAGUUCCGCCAUGCUCAGGGCACCGUCCUGCACCGAGACAGCCACAUCACCAACCUCAAGGGGCUUAACCUCACCACACCUGGCGAGUGUGAUGGCUUCUGUGCCAACAAACUGCGUGUGGCCGUGCCCUUGCUCAGCAGCGGGGGACAGGUGGCCGUGCUUGAGCUACGGAAGCCUGGCCGCCUGCCGGACACUGCACUGCCCACACUGCAGAAUGGGGCAUCUGUGACUGAUCUGGCUUGGGACCCCUUUGACCUCCAUCGCCUCGCUGUGGGUGGUGAGGAUGCCAGGAUCCGACUGUGGCGGGUGCCCCCAGAGGGCCUGAAAGAGGUGCUCACCACACCUGAGGCUGUGCUCACAGGUCACAUGGAGAAGAUCUGCUCCCUGCGCUUCCACCCACUGGCGGCGGAUGUGCUGGCCUCGUCCUCCUAUGACCUCACUGUUUGCAUCUGGGACCUUCAGGCUGGAGUUGAGCGGUUGAAGCUGCAGGGCCACCGAGACCAGAUCUUCAGCCUGGCUUGGAGUCCUGAUGGGCAGCAGUUGGCCACUGUCUGCAGGGAUGGGCGUGUGCGGGUUUACAGGCCCCUGAGAAGCCCUGAGCCCCUGCAGGAAGGCCCAGGGCCCGAGGGAGGACGCGGAGCCCGCAUUGUCUGGGUGUGUGAUGGUCGUUGUCUGCUGGUGUCUGGCUUUGACAGCCGCAGUGAGCGCCAGAUGCUCCUAUAUGAAGCUGAAAGCCUGGCUGGUGGCCCCUUGGCAGUGCUGGGCCUGGAUGUGGCUCCCUCAACCCUGCUGCCUAGCUAUGACUCAGACACGGGCCUGGUGCUCCUGACUGGCAAGGGCGACACCCGUGUGUUCCUGUAUGAGCUGCUCCCCGAGUCCCCUUUCUUCCUGGAGUGCAACAGCUUCACCUCGGCUGAUCCCCACAAGGGCUUCGCCCUCCUGCCGAAGACAGAGUGUGAUGUGCGGGAGGUGGAGUUCAUGCGGUGCCUGCGGCUGCGUCAGUCCUCCCUGGAGCCUGUGGCCUUCCGGCUGCCCAGAGUCCGGAAAGAGUUCUUUCAGGAUGACGUGUUCCCAGACACGGCUGUGAGCUGGGAGCCCGUGCUCAGUGCCGAGGCCUGGCUGCAAGGUGCUACUGGGCAACCCCGGCGUCUCAGCCUGCAGCCUCCUGACAUGAGCCCAGUGAGCCAAGCUCCCCGAGAGACCCCUGCCCGUCGGGCCCCCUCCUCAGCGCAGUACCUGGAAGAGAAGUCAGAUCAACAAAAGAAGGAGGAGCUGCUGAAUGCCAUGGUGGCAAAGCUGGGGAACAGGGACGACCCGCUCCCCCAGGACUCCUUUGAAGGUGUGGACGAGGAUGAGUGGGACUAGCCUGCGCCCCUGUCACCUCCACCUCACCUGUGCUGCGGCCUCCUAAUGCACACCUCACAGCUCAUCCUCAGGCUGGAAGAUGCCUCUCUGGCGCUGGCACUUCUCACCCCUGCAGCCCUGGCUUCCCGUGGGCACUUCCACAGCUUCUGGGCCUCUGGCAGCUCCCAGGGACUGUUCUCAUCUCUGCUGUCUCUGGGGUCAGCUGCUGCUCAUCAGCUGCCCACUAGCAUGUAGCCAGGGGUGCAGAGUGGUGGGGGGGGUCAGUAGCAUGUCCCUGGGCAGGCCCUGGGUACCUGUCUCCCUUGGUCUCUCUGCUGUCCUGGGCUGGUCCCAUCCUGGGCUGGCCUCAUCCAGCACCUUUGCUCACCCCACGCUGCCCCAUCUCGCCUGCUGCCCCAGUUCUGGUCGAGGGCCUUGGGGGCCGGCCUCCCACCAGGCCUUCUGGAGCAGCACCAGUCUCAGGGCCCUGGGACCAGCUGCCCUGCUUCCCAGGUUUGUAGCCAGGAGAAGGAGUCAUCGCAGAGCUGAUGGUCCAAUAAGGGGGGGUGUGAGCCCCACAAAGACUGGCCCCUGCUCUGGAUGUUCUCAGCAAUUAAACUUUUUUAAGCUGGCCA